AUGUCACACUUACCGCAAAUACUCCUGGGUUUUUGCUCAAUAAUUCUUUUUAAUAUUGUUAUUGGCGCUGUGCCAGAUCAUGGGGUGAAUGGCAAGCCUUUGGCCAAAGCAGCAACAUUUCAUUUUGCAGAAUAUGCAUACAAGGAGACAAGCAAGAAUGAAAUAAUUUACCAUGACUUCGAGCUAGCCUGUGAGCAGCAUCCGCUGUGCUUGAAUAUUGUCGGUGUACCCAAGGUAAAUUGCAUAAGGCAGUGCAUAUCGCCAUCAUGCUUUCAGGACAUUUACGCUUUCGAUGAGCUCGAGGAAGGCGAGAUUGAUGUGCGCAUGAAUUCCUUUAAGGGCUGCGUCAUCCAACGUGCUGGAAGCCAUCGGUAGCAUAAGGCGCCGCUGUUGCAGCGGUUCGACUUGCAAGAAUACCUUCAGGUACUGCAAUGGAAGUUUACAAUGAAACAGUGGAUGUAGGAGUUGGUGUAUUCCACGGUUUUUAUCUGCAUUAUGUACGUCGUUUAAUUAUAGGAAAAGGGUACUUUAGUAUUGUCACAGGAUUAACGAAUUCAAAAACACUAAACUUGAAUAUGUCUGUGUGUAAAAGUAAUAUAAGUAUGUAUGGCAAUUAA